CAUUUUUUAGGCCAGGUGCAGUCAGCAAUCCUUUUUGUUUUUUAUUUUAUGCUUAUAUUUUUAAAGCUCGGUGUGGGUGCAUGAGUGAUGGAGCACGUUGUUCCACGUCCACUAUAUAUUUCGUGGCCAAGCUAGUCAUUUGACGUGAAUUGCAUUGUACUUGCACAUUUAUCAGCAUGCUUAUGAAUGCAAAACGCAUGCUCUGCUUCUUCCCUAGGUACAAAAAGGAGUGGCUGUAUGAUUGCUUACUUCUUAAGGUAAAGUCAACAGCUGUUUACACUUUCCUACAAGAAAACGGCUUUCUUCCCCUUCCCACCCCUCGCACUCUGUAUGGCUACCUGAAAAGCCUCAAGGCCGAUUUUGGUUUUGAUGCAAGCUUAUUUGCUGUCUUGCGAGAAAAACUGCAAGGAGUUCCUGAAAGGGAACGCCGAGGUGUACUCAUGUUUGACGAAAUGAGUGUGCGGAAGAGUGUUCACGUCAGAGAAUCUGACAUGUCCCUUUUGGGGAAGGUGGAUUUUUCUGAGCACACGAGACCAGCUGACCGUGAAAAGGAUGGCGACCAUGUGCUCGUGUUUUUGUUCCGGCCCUUUCUUGGUGGCUGGUCCCAGACAGUGGGCAGUUUCUGUGCAUCUGGUGCUACACCGGGCUCAAUAGUGGCAAAAUUGCUGCUUCAGUGCAUUGUGCACCUCUCGAAUGCUGGUGUUGUGGUGGAUGCCGUCACAUGUGACAAUUCUACAUCAAAUCAGUCAGCUCUCAGGUCAUUGGGUAUCAGCGGCGACAUAAACAAUACCAAGAACACGUUUCAACACCCGUGUGCUCCGUCAAGACUUGUUUACGUGGUGAUAGACCCUCCACAUGUAUUCAAGUGCAUUCGGAACAAUUUACUAAAGGUUGGGAAGUUUCUGCUACCCCAAAGCCAAGAGGCUUUUCACUGCCACUAUUCUGCCCUACUAGAGUAUGAAGAGGAGCAGGCUGGGCUUCGCGCAGUGCCGAAGCUGACUAAAGCGCACAUUUUCCCUAAUGCAUUUCAAAAAAUGAGUGUGCGGCUUGCUGUCCAGUUGUUUAGUGAAAGCACUGCUGCAGCCAUGAAGUUUUAUAGCAAGCAAGAGGCAUGCAAGAACCUUCAUCACUCAACAGCAACGUCAGACUUCACACGACGCAUGAACAAGCUGUUUGAUAGCCUUAAUUCUCGCAGGCCAGAGCAUGUAAAAUACAAUGAGGCCGAACACAUCACUACACUGAAGGAGAAUAUAGCUUGGCUGGACGAUUGGCAGAGGUAUAUUGAGUCGUUGCCUGUGCAGAGGCGAGCGUGUUUUCUGAGCAAGCCAACGUGUGCAGCCCUUAGAGUAACGCUGCGCAGCACAGUAGCACUGGUCGAGAGCCUCCUGAGCUCUGGUUUCCGCUACGUGCUCGUAGGAAACUUUGGACAAGAUCCCUUAGAGCGAUUCUUUGGGAUAGUGAGGCACGUUGCUGGCGAUGGAGGGCAGCCUACCGUCCAACACUUCCUAUUCAUCUAUCGUAUGCUGUCGGUGAAUAACUUGGUGCGACCACCCAAACGUGCUUCUGUUGAUGGUGAUGGGCCUCAACUUCUCCUGAAGCUUCAGGGCCUCUUCGAAAAGGAAAAGCCUUCUAAUAGUCAGGUUGAUACCCUGGCAGUCCUCUUCGAUGACGUUUUAUUGGAGCCACCAGACAACAUUCAGGGUGCCUCUGCUUCCAGCCAAGUGCUCUCUCCCAAAGAAUGCAUCCUGGACUACUUGGCAGGAUAUGUGACAAAAAAGUUCCUGACAAUGAGCUGCCUUAGCUGUGUAGAAACACUGAAGGGCUCAUCUCGGCAAGCAAGCGAAUUAAUACUUGCCAAGUCAAGAGGUUUCCUUCAGGUGCCGUCAUACCGACUGCUUAGUCUCCUGAAGAUUGUGGAGAGCUACGUUGAAGAACUCACAGUUAAUAGAGUGGCUUGUGCGGACGUGUACAUGAACAUUGUAGAGAGAGUACUGCUCGAUAACCAGACUUCAGCAGCUGCUGUAGGUUGUGGCUCCCAUUAUGUAAGCACCACGGCAGAAGUUGUGCAUUUUUUCCUAAGGUGCCGUCUGCACUUUUUCACGAGGGAGAAGAACAAACUUGCACGGGCAAGUAAGCGCGCAACGUGCCCAGCCGGUGGAGGCAAGAAAGUGAUGUGCUGAAUUUCUUCUUCAACGGCUUCAGCCAUACCGCCAUACAAACAAGCUGCAGUUUUCUUUUCACUGCUGUUUUCUGUAUUUGAUACGUAAUUGUAAAGAAAUGCAUUCCUUUUUUUCAUUCAUUAAAAUG